CAGAGAUCCAAAACAUCAAUUUCUGUCAUAACUGAGAGCCCCGUCAUGUUCAAGGCCCUGGUUUUCCUGAUAUUAGGCCAUCAGAUGAAGAGUGCAGGAUGUUUUUUGAGAUGCUUCAUCAGAGUGAGAAGCAAGAGUCUAAGCCAAAGAAAAGUGCCAUCCUUUCUGUCAUUGAGGGCCACUCCCACAGGUACACAGUGGUGAAAUGUAAUUAAAUACAUCCAAUAACAUGAUGUAUACUUUAAUGAAGUAUAUUGAGGCUUAUACUUUUUAUUCCUUGGUCUAAGUAUACAUUUUACUGCAGAAGUUUCACGUCACAGCAUAUUUUUGCUUAAGUCAAAUAUCUGGGCACAUCUUCCACCACUGUAGGUACACGCCAAAGGUGAUGCAGCUGGACUUGCCCACUCCUUUGUCAACCUUAUAUUCAAGCACCUGGCUAGAGGUAGACCUGCCCACACUACUGGUUGAGACUUCCAAGGUCUUUGAUAACCUACAUCUGACACAGCAACAGGUUCAUGCAUCAGGGUUCAUCAUCCACCCAGACCUCCCCUGGAUUGGAGCAUCACCUGACGGCAUAGUAACAUGCACUUGCCAUGGUGAUGGUGUGCUGGAGAUAAAAUGCCCAUUCAACAGCAGGGACUGCUCACUCGCUGAAAGCUGCAAACACCCAUCAUUCUGUUUAGGCCUCAGAGAGGAUGGGACAAUGUCACUUAAGACAGACCACAAGUUCAUGUAUCAAGUGCAAGUUCAAAUGCAUGUGGCCACUGUGAGUUACUGCGAUUUCAUGGUAUGGACACCGCAGGAGUUUUUCAUCCAGCGGAUCCAGUAUGAUCCUGUUUUCUUCCCUAACGCCUACCUCAAAGUGGCUGAAUUCAUCAAAACCGGAGUACUACCAGAGCUGCUGGGGAAAUGGUAUACAGCACCACGGCAUUCUCAUACAGACAGGGCAACCACAGAACAGCCACCUGAAAUGGGAUGCUACUGCGGUAAACCUUGUGACACAGAUGACAUCACCUGCACAUCUGGACAGUGUAGGCGGAAGCACUUUCACAGGUCUUGCCUUAAAUUGAGCAGGGUACCGAAGACAUGGAAAUGUGUGGAGUGCAGAAAAAAAGUGUAGUAUUGCUUUAGUUUUUGAUUAAUCGGUUUCAUCUUUUAUUUGCUUAAAUAUCCUUUCAACAUAACAUUCAUUGUUAUGAACUGAUUGUUAUGAAAUAGU